UUUUCGGAGAAAUGACGACAAUCUCUUCUUUCUUGUCCGCAAUCGAAACUCCCCACAUUUGGUUUUGACUCCCUAUCUGUAUUUUCGGCCAUCUACAUUUGUUUAAUUCCAACCGCGGAGACGCCGCGUUGGACCACUCGGGUUUCGAUCGCCUCUACAAAAAGCCUCCCCCACCACAUUUUAUUUGUUCUCCACCCCAAGAUUCAAUCUCUAUCUUCUUGGGAUCUCACAGGUCACAGAGAGAGAGAGAGAGAGAGAGAGAGAGAGAGAGAGAGAUGGGGACUUUGGGAGCCAUUCUGAAGCAUCCGGACGAUUUCUACCCCCUGCUGAAGCUGAAGAUCGCGGCGAGGAAUGCCGAGAAGCAGAUCCCUUCGCCGCCCCACUGGGCGUUCUGCUACUCCAUGCUCCACAAGGUCUCCCGGAGCUUCGGCCUCGUCAUCCAGCAGCUCGGCACCGAGCUUCGCGACGCGGUGUGCAUAUUCUACUUGGUCCUGCGAGCACUUGAUACAGUUGAGGAUGACACAAGCAUACCUACUGAUGUCAAAGUGCCUAUCCUGACAGCUUUUCAUCAGCAUGUGUAUGAUAAAGAGUGGCAUUUUUCAUGUGGUACAAAGGAGUACAAGGUUCUAAUGGACCAAUUUCAUCAUGUGUCAACAGCUUUCCUGGAGCUGGGGAAAGGGUACCAAGAGGCAAUUGAUGACAUUACUAAAAGAAUGGGAGCAGGAAUGGCAAAAUUUAUUUGCAAAGAGGUGGAAACAGUUGAUGAUUACGAUGAAUAUUGCCACUAUGUGGCAGGACUUGUUGGUUUAGGUCUUUCAAAGCUUUUCCAUGCUUCUGGAGCUGAAGAUAUGGCAUCAGAUUCUCUAUCCAAUUCAAUGGGCUUGUUUCUUCAGAAAACAAACAUUAUUCGAGAUUAUUUGGAGGAUAUUAAUGAGAUUCCAAAGUCACGCAUGUUUUGGCCUCGUCAGAUUUGGAGUAAAUAUGUAAACAAACUUGAGGACUUGAAGAAUGAGGAGAACUCAGUGAAGGCAGUGCAAUGUUUGAAUGACAUGGUCACAAAUGCCUUGACACAUGUUGAAGACUGUUUGACAUACAUGGCUGCUUUAAGGGAUCCUGCCAUAUUCCGGUUUUGUGCUAUUCCUCAGAUAAUGGCAAUUGGAACAUUAGCUUUAUGCUACAACAACAUUGAAGUUUUCAGAGGCGUAGUAAAGAUGAGGCGAGGUCUUACUGCUAAAGUUAUUGAUCGCACAAAAACAAUGGCUGAUGUUUAUGGUGCUUUCUAUGAUUUUUCUUGUAUGCUGAAAUCCAAGGUUGACAAGAACGAUCCUAAUGCUACAAAAACAUUAAGCAGAAUUGAGGCUUCGCAGAAGGCUUGCAGAGAUUCUGGCCUCCUAACCAGAAGGAAGUCUUACAUCCUUGCAAGCGAACCCAGAUACAGCUCCGUCCUGGUCUUGGUUUUGCUUGUUAUACUGGCGAUAAUUUUGGCUCAACUCUCUGCAAGCAGAACAAGCAACUAAGGGAUGUGCUUUGUGGGAACACUAGCAAAUCAUAGAGAUGGGAAGAUGCAGAUGCAUGUAUUGAGGAGUUAUCAUAUCUUGUACUUUGCUCUUUGUGAAAAAUAGAGAAUUUACCUUGUUCUUGUUCUUCAAGGAAAUGGAAAUAAACACAUCCUUUUUCUGAAAA